UAAGCCUGAGUACAGUUACCUUCUGGCUAUCAGCAUACUCACUGUAGCAGCCAGGAAGGUGCCCCUCACUCUCCCUUCAAGAGAAAUCUUAUCUUUAGCUGCAAGGAGUACCGUGAACUGACAGCCUCUGGCUGUAGCACUGUCAGGAUCCUGGGCAGCCCGGCCAAUAGCUACACACCGUACUGGCACUUGGACAUUCUUGCACGAUACAGGGUCUCAUUGAGUUGCUUUACACCUCACCUUAUUGAGUUGCUUGGCACCAUGCCAUUGCUAAAGCUGGCUUUGAACUUUCAAACCUCCUGCCUCAGCCUCUGAAGCCUCUGGGAUUACAGCUUGUCUUGUCCACAGCCUGGGGGCCGGACCAAGUCACUUCUGACAUGGGCGCUCUUCCUUGGCUGCUUCUUUUCCUGCUACUCCAGGGAGCCAAAGGGAACUCUGGAGAUGAUGCUGACACCGAGGAAGUAGUUGCAGUCCUUCAGGAGUCCAUCAGCCUCCCCCUGGAAAUCCCACCGGAUGAAGAGGUUGAGAACAUCAUCUGGUCCUCUCAGAGAAGGCUUGCUACGGUGAUGCCAGGGAAAGAGGGACAGCCAGCGACCAUCACCGUGAUUGACCCUCACUACCAGGGUCGAGUGAGCUUCCUGGAGCCCAGCUACUCUCUGUACAUCAGCAAUGUGAGCUGGAAGGACGCAGGGUGUUACGAAGCUGAAGUCAACAUGAGGACUGCUCAGCUGUCAAUCACCCAGCUGUACAAUCUACGCGUCUACCAACGGCUGUUGAAGCCCAGAAUCACUGUGAACUUUGAGAUCUCUGGGGAAGGUUCCUGUAAUAUAUCCCUGACAUGCUUUGUGGAGAAGGGAGGCAUGGAUGUGACCUACAGCUGGCUCUCCUGGGGGGACAGUGCUGGCUCAGCCCACGAAGGCCCCAUCCUCAGAGCAUCCUGGAGGCCUGGGGACAGUGCUCUUUCCUAUACCUGCAGGGUCAGCAACCCCAUCAGCAACAUCAGCUCCCAUCCUAUCCCUGCUGGGUCUUUCUGUGCAGAUCCUGGCUAUCCUGAGAAGUCUUCCACAGUCUUCUGCCUCCUGGCUAAGGGAUUGCUGCUCCUCUUGCUCUUGGUAAUUCUAGUGGUGAGCCUCUGGGUCAUCCGAGUCUACAAAAUGCCAAGGAUGAGGUAUCUCAAGAGAAACAGAAUGAGACUGAGGAAAAGGGGGAAGGCUGGCCCCAGCCCAGCCUGACCUGGGUCUUGACUCUGGCUUUUCUUUCCAGCCUUGGGGAUCUUCUGGCCAGGUGGGCAGAGGGGAAGCGGGGGUUCUCAGGGGUGGAUACUCAAAGGACCAUAUUUUCCAAGAGAAGACCACCUGGCAAUAAAAUCAA